GUUUUGACACAACUGACAACCACUGAGACCGCGCCCCCCAACACUCGACCAACACCCCCAUCUUCACCAUGGCAGAAGCAGUUGUCGACUAUUCGCUCAACAACCCUGAUACUCUCACCAAGUACAAGACCGCUGCCCAGAUCGGACAGAAAGUCCUCGAGGCCGUUUCAGGAUGGAUCACUGAAGGAGCAAAGAUUGUGGACAUUUGCCAGCGCGGUGACAAGCUUCUAGAUGAGGAGGUCGCAAAAGUCUACAAGGGCAAGAAGAUCGCGAAGGGCAUCUCACACCCGGUAACAAUCUCGCCGAGCAGCUAUGUCACACCCUACACUCCACUCGUGUCAGACACCGAGGAGGCCGAGACAACGCUACAGGCUGGCGAACCGAUCAAGAUUCAGCUCGGUGCCCAAAUUGAUGGUUUCGGUGCGAUAGUCUGUGACACAGUCUUCGUGCGUGCGAAGGGCGACUCCGAGAAGACAUUGUCGGGACGAGAGGCAGAUCUGGCACUCGCAACAUACUACGCCAACGAGCUUCUCCUCCGCUUAGUCGCGCCCCCAGGACUGAUUGCGUCUGGUACCGAAGAAGAGCAGAAGAAGGCGCAGUCACAAAAGCCAUACAGCCAGGCAAAGAUUACGCAACUGCUCGAGAAGGUUGUCAAGAGCUACGAUUGCAACCUGGUCGAGAAUACAACCUGCUGGCUGUUUGACCGUAAUGAGAUCGAGGGCGCGAAGAAGAUCAUUUUGGGUCCAGGCGAGGGAGUGAAGGGCGAAGGUCUUGCCGAAGUCGGAGAAGUUUGGGGUCUUGAAAUUGGUGUCAGCACUGGCACCGGCAAGGUCAAGACGUUGCCCAAGAGAACGACACUUCACCGACGAACCAAGACCACUUAUGGCUUGAAGCGCCCAAGUUCAAGAGCCACGCUCUCUGAGAUUCAGAAGAGGUUUGGCACGUUCCCAUUCAGCUUGCGACAGCUCGAAAGCGAAAAGGAUGGCAAGGUGGGCGUGAUUGAGUGCGUCCGAGGGGGUGUCGUCCGAGCGUACGAAGUUGUUGGCUCGACAGACGGCGAGCCAGUCAGCCGUCUUUUCGAAACUAUCGCCAUCACGAAGAACGGCGUGCAAAAGCUUUCGGCGCCGCCAACUCCGGACCUCUCCCAAUGGAAGUCUGAUAAGAAGAUCACCGAUGAAGAGAUUCUCAAGAUCCUAGAGCUGCCUCUGAACAAGAAUAGCACAAAAGCAAAGAAGCCCAAGUCCAAGAAGAAGAAGGCUAAGAAAGCCGCACCAAAGGCUGCCGAGGAGGUGGAGGAGGACUCCGACGAGGAGGAGGAGGAGGACAGCGACGAUGAUGAGUAAAAAUCACGCUAAUGACAGACACCUCUUCGUAGGUGAUGAGUGGCCUACCGGCAUGCUGCACGGCAUUAGAUUUCGCCCCUUGUGGCAAGCUCUCUGCUGUGGCGAAGGCGUACCACCUAGUCCUAAAUCAUGGAACAGAUCUUUGGGGGAGACAAGCAGUAGGAGUCAUACACGACUCUCUCCGUUAUCCAUCCAGAGUGAGUAGGUCAGAUAGUAUUGGCGUCCAGCCUAAUACCGAAAGGGUUCUGAUGUCGUGUACACCUGAUCCUC